AUGAAGGGUGGAGAAGGGACAGCGGCUGCGUUGACCGGGGUGAGCAGGGUGGGAAAGUACGAGCUGGGAAGGACGCUUGGGGAAGGAACCUUCGCGAAGGUGAAGCUCGCUCGGAACGUGGUGACGGGGGAGAACGUUGCCAUUAAGAUCCUCGACAAAGAGAAGAUCCUCAAACACAAGAUGAUCGGCCAGGUUCGUCUUCUUGGUUCCUUCCUCUUUCUCUGUCUCUCUCUGUCUCUCUCUGUCUCUCUCUCUUUCUGUGAAACAUGGAAACUACCAAGUUCAUCUUAGAAUGUUGAUUUCUGCCAUCCCUUUCUACCUGUUCUUUAUUUUAUUUUCUCCCAUGAUUUAUUUGACUCUAUGAAAACCAUGAUGGUGAUUUCUAACGAGUGAUGGACAAUUUUCUUCGUGAAACCGUACUAUUAUUGGCACAAGAAAGGAAAAGAAAAAAAGAAGUCCGCGUUUCAUGCUCACGUUCACAUAUCAACCAACCAAGGGAUCCUCUGCACGGUAGAAUAAUGAUGAGAAUUCACUAAUUUUUAACCUAAAAUCUCCAUCAUCCCUGCUCCUCCCAUUCACGGCUUCGAUGGGAAUUUAAUAGCUUUCAUGCAGAAAAUUCUCAAUCCUAUUCUAUUCUGGUUGCUGUCGUUCUGAGUGUUUACGAGGAAAUUAAGAUUUUCAUAUUUGGGCCCAGCAGAUCAAACGGGAAAUCGCAACUAUGAAACUAGUCAGGCAUCCAAACGUCAUUCGAAUGUAUGAGGUGAGUUUGGGCUAUUUACUUCCUUCUCCAUGUCCAGCUCCAUCACGGUGGCCACUCUGACCACUGAGCAUCUGUUGGAUGUGCAGGUGCUGGCCAGCAAGACGAAGAUAUACAUAGUCUUAGAAUUCGUGACCGGAGGUGAACUUUUUGACAGGGUAAGUGUGGCGUGGGCACAUAUGAUGCUGAUGAAUUGAAGUGUUCUUGGGGGCCCUGAAUUUCGCUAAUUAGUUCCUGACCUGGAGUUAGAUUUCUCAUGGGAGGCUCAAAGAAGACGAAGCUAGAAAAUAUUUUCAACAACUCAUCUGCGCGGUGGACUACUGCCAUAGUAGGGGGGUUUUCCACAGGGAUCUGAAGGUAUAAAACGUUGCUCCUGAAUAUUUUUCAGUAGAACCUUCAAAUGAUGUCUCUCGAUUAUUUCAACUCUGAUUUAAAAUAAGAUUUUUUUUCUGUCGUAGCCUGAGAAUUUGCUGCUGGAUUCGAAGGGUGUACUCAAAGUCACUGAUUUUGGGCUCAGCGCCCUGCCUCAGCAAGUUCGGGUGAGUCCCGGUUGAAUUGGUUAACUGAGCGCAGUAUGAUCUUUUUUAUCAAUCAUGUUUAGGGAAAUUUCUUAGACUUUCACCAUAAUGAGGAGGUUCCUUCAAUGGGUUUUCUUUCAUUCAGUGGCAUGCCCACCACGUCUUAGUUUUGGUCCCAUCGAUCAUUGGGUGUCAAAGGUUCGUGGCCAAGCAUCUUAGAGAUCGCGGGUAGGGGGCCAGAGACAUAGUCAUAAUUUUUCUUUCAAAAAUAUCGUCCAGCUAGCUGUUUCGAAUGCAGAAUAUUGAUGCCCUGCUAAGUCUGUUCACAUAGGCAGCUUUCUAUUGAUCGAUGGGUGGCAAUUAGUGACAUUAGCCUUCCCACAGUUGCCAUAUUCUUUCAAGGCAGCAGGAUGGCGGGUGGGCACAGCUAAGAUUCGAUGUUCUUCCCGCAAACUGGAUGACCAGUGCCAUGGAUGGAUGGUCUUCCAUUUAUCGAACUGGUCUCUACUAUUCAGUUGAAUACCAUCGUUUCUGAUCUGCCUCUUCCUACUCUUCUUUUCUUCUUCUUAUUUUCAGGAGGACGGUUUACUUCACACAGCAUGUGGAACACCGAAUUAUGUCGCUCCUGAGGUACCCUUGCCAUCCUCUGUCCGCUGAUACGAGUUUUUAACAGAUCAUGUUUCUCUCAGUCUCGCAUGUUUUGCUGAACUCAUAUGUUGAUUUUUUCUGUUUUGAAGGUGAUCAACAACAAGGGCUAUGAUGGCGCCAAGGCGGAUCUUUGGUCGUGUGGGGUGAUCCUCUUCGUCCUGAUGGCUGGGUAUUUGCCUUUUGACGACCCCAAUCUCCCGUCCCUGUACAAAAAGGUAUUUGUACACUUACGACUGAGAUGCUGAUUUCCAACGGCAUUUGGGACCCGGAAUCUGGAUGCUUACUUCUCCUGCCGUGGUUGACCGCAGAUCUUCAAGGCGGAUUUCAGCUGCCCCUCUUGGUUCUCCACCAGCGUUAAGAAACUCAUAAAGAGGAUGCUGGACCCCAAUCCUGAGACCGUAAGUCAAAAGUCAACCUUCUGAUGCGAUGCCCAGUCAACAUAUCCAUGUUUUGGGUCCGAAAGAAUUUUCUUUCUUAUCUUCUCGCUUGGAUUCUUUGCAGCGGAUUAAGAUUGCAGAGGUCGUAGAGAAUGAGUGGUUCAAGAAGGGUUAUCAGCCGCCUGCUUUCGAGACAUCGGACAUCUCUCUUGACGAUGUGCACGCAGUUUUCAAUAACUCUCUGGUAGUCCUUCGCAUCACAUCUUCGUACUCAUAUUCAUAGAAAUGAGUAUAUAUAUAUAUAUAGUGGAGAUUGUGGUCAUGAAUGACGUCUAACCUUGCUUCGGUUCAUAAUAUUCAGGCUCCUAUAAAUCUCGUCGUAGAGAGGAGAGAAGAAGGUCCGGUGCCAAUGAACGCGUUCGAGCUCAUCGCCACUUCCCAGGGUCUCAAUCUCGGCACCUUAUUUGAGAAGCAGUCAGCGGUAAGCUAAGAAAAUAAAUGAAUCUAAUAACUGAAUUCUUGCUGUUUUUAUCCCAUCUAGUCCAAAAUCAUAGCGUGUUUAAUUCAUAAUUACGGUAGGCUGCUGUCAAGAGCAAGACCCGGUUCGCCUCAAAGCAUCCCGCUGGGGAGAUAGUCUCCAGGAUCGAGGAGGUGGCGAAGCCACUGGGAUUCAACGUGGAGAAGCAGAACUACAAGGUCCUUCUCCGCUCUUUCUUAUGCUUCACCCCUCCGUUCUCUUCAUAGUCCCGUCGGAAAUUCACGCGGCUUCCUUCCUGCUUGUUCUCUGCGACCCAGCUGAGGCUGCAGAGAGAGAAGACCGGACGGAAGGGCCACCUGUCGAUCUCCACGGAGGUAUGCGCCUUUCUCGCUCAUCAUCGAUGGAGGAGCACCGAGCGGAGCCGUUUGCCCACCUCUCUGCACUCAUUUCUGCAGGUCUUCGAGGUGGCACCGUCGCUGUACAUGGUCGAGCUCCGCAAGGCCAAUGGCGACACACUCGAGUUCCACCAGUUCUACAACAGCGCCGCUGUCGGGCUCAAGGACAUAGUCUGGGAGCCCAGCGGGGAGAGGAAGGAGGAGCCCACGAGGAACCCCGCGUAG